UUUCUGGGCUUUUUUCCAGCUGGACAUGUCCUGUCUACGGGAGCUGGUGUUCCCAGCAGUGAUGAUCCCUGGUGACAUCAUGAUCAUGCCAUUGGAUUACUGGUGGUUGUCCCAGACCAAUUCCCUCCCACCCGACGUGGUGAGGGGCUGUGUGGAGGAGACCAUUCUCUUGUACUCCUUCCAGCUGAGGGACAGGCAGCGCCCCACGUUCGCCUUUGAGAAUAUUGGCAUCCUGUCCUGCCAGGACAAUGUCCUGUGCAUGCAGUUCCACUGCAGCUGCAUUACAGGACUGGAGAUUCAGGACACCUGGGUGGCUCUGCUGCUCACAAGGCUAAGUAUGCCGGGUUCUGGUGUCAGCAAUGGAGUGACCACUGCUCAGGGGGUGCAGGCUGCACAGGCCCACAUGUUCCCCAGGUUUCAGCUCGCUGUGUCCGAUGCUUUUUCCACCCAACAUACAAAGGCUGCAGAGAAACACAGGGUCAGAACAGAGCUUCCUCCUUUCCCAGGGGAACAAGAGCAUCCUGGAAAGUUUUCCCUCCUUGUGCUACCAUACCAGAGGCCAGGCAUGAGGCAGCAAGAGCCAAGGUCAAAGCCACCUGCCAGUGUGCUCGCCCCAUGCCCAGCCAGCUCUCCGAGGAUGAGGGAGGCAGGUGGGCAGGAGUUAGCUCCUUCAGCCAGGCCUGACAUCACACUCUUGGCUUCUGAGAACUGCCAAAGAGCACUGCAGGAGAUCUCGCAGCUGUAUGCAGAAUGGGAGCAUGGGAACUCCCACUGGAGAGAACAGAAGGUGGAAUGGGCAGCAUGGGAAGCCUGGGCUGCUGGGGAGGACCAACAGAUGCCGCAGGUAUUUGGCAUUGGAGGUGCUUGGGCUCUGCACUGUCCAUCCCAGCCCCCAAGAAAGGGGGUCACUGUGAGGCGGGGGACGGCUAGAACCCCCCUCCCCACAGAGAAAAUGGCAGAGAUAUUCCAGCCUGGGACCAGACACCUUACCCCACGAGCCAUCCAGGUGCUCCAUGGGCUGGAGCCACAUCAGACACAGAGGAACAUCUUCAUGUUUUUGGCUGAGAACAACCGGCGGCGGCAGGGGCGGCAGGAGCAGCAGAGGCAGUUCUGCAGGACAGAAAAGUCCUGGCUGACGACAGAGGGACCUUGAUGGCAGGCCGUCCCCUUCCCAAACCUGAGAGCAUGUCCUUCCCUGGCAGAGUCCUACCCCACAACACCUUGUCCUGAGUGGGACAUCGGUAUGGGACACCCAAAGUCUCAGACCAACCUGGCUUUGCCUCAGGUGCACCAGGGACCUUCUCACGGGUUGGGAAAUCACCAGAGGCAUCUCCAUGGACGCCUUGACGUGAUCUGAUCCCAGGUGGCCUGAGCCAAUCUUGCAGAAAUUCUCUGCCUUCUGCCUGCCUGUUUGAUCGGACACCUCUCUUUCUCUCUCUCCCUCUCA